AUGAGGAUUACAGAAAUUGUGAUAGACGGCUUCAAAUCAUACGCAGUUCGAACUGUGAUCAGUGGAUGGUGCGUGCGCUUUCCCUUCCCUUACACCAACUUGAAGGAUGAAGCGUUCAACUCCAUUACCGGUCUUAACGGUAGUGGCAAAUCCAACAUCCUCGAUGCCAUCUGCUUCGUUCUCGGUAUCACCAACAUGUCGACUGUCCGAGCGCAAAAUCUCCAAGACCUGAUCUAUAAGCGCGGUCAAGCAGGUGUGACCAAGGCCAGCGUCACAAUCGUCUUUGAUAAUCGCGACACCGCAAAAUCCCCGAUCGGCUUUGAGGAAUACGCUAAUAUCUCCGUUACCCGACAAAUUGUGCUGGGCGGUACUAGCAAAUACUUGAUCAACGGCCACCGCGCGCAGCAGCAAACCGUCCAGAACCUGUUCCAGAGCGUUCAGCUCAAUAUUAACAACCCCAAUUUCCUCAUCAUGCAGGGUCGCAUCACCAAGGUCUUGAACAUGAAGGCCGUCGAAAUUUUGUCGAUGAUCGAGGAGGCGGCGGGUACCCGCAUGUUUGAGGAUAGACGUGAAAAAGCUAAUAAGACAAUGGGAAAGAAGGAAUUGAAGCUGAGGGAAAUUGAAGGUCUCUUGAAGGAGGAAAUUGAGCCUAAACUUGAGAAGCUUCGGUCCGAAAAACGUGCUUUCCUCGACUUCCAACAGACACAAAACGACUUGGAGCGUUUGACACGGCUUGUCAUUGCCCACGACUAUGUUCGUGGUGGAGAGCGCUUGCGAGUUGCAGCCGAGGAGUGUGACAAGAAAAAGGACAAGGUUCAGAAUCUGGAGGCCAAUGCAACCAGGCUGAAGAGCGAGAUUGCGUACUUGGAGGAGGAUGUCAAGCGUGUCAAAGCAGCUCGUGACAAGGAAUUGCGAAAGGGCGGCAAGUUCCAGGCUCUGGAAGAUGAAGUCAAGAAUCACUCUCACGAGUUAGUUCGGUUGACCACCGUAUUUGACCUCAAAAACUCCAGCUUGGAUGAAGAGAAGGAGAAACGGAAGACAAUGCAGAACGCAGUGAGUGACCUUGAAAAGAUGCUGAAGGAGAAGCGAGCGGUCUAUGAAAGGCUUCAGGCGCAGUAUGACGCCGCCAAAUCAGAGCUUGAUGCGCAGAACGUCGAAGUGGAGCAAAAGGAAGAGUUGCUCCAGACUUUGCAAACAGGUGUCGCAUCGAAGGAAGGACAGGAGAGUGGCUACCAAGGACAGCUGCAGGACGCACGAAACCGAGCCAGCACCGCCACCACAGAGCAAGAACAAGCGAAACUCAAGAUUGCCCAUUCAGAGAAGAGGAUCAAGGAAGAGGAGCCGCGGGCAAAGAAGGCUAAGGAACAGAACUUGGGCCUGCUGCGGGACUUGGAAGGCCUAAAAUCCCAGGCGAAGAAGCUGGAGUCGGAACUCACUCGGCUUGGCUUUGAGCCUGGCAAAGAGGAGCAGAUUUAUCAAGAGAAAACCGGGCUCGAGAGAGAUAUCCGGGAACUUCGUCAAAGAGCCGAUGGUCUCCGCAGGCAGGCGUCCAAUAUCGACUUCACCUACGCUGAUCCACAACCUAACUUCGACCGGUCGAAGGUUAAAGGCUUGGUUGCCCAGCUCUUCACUUUGAAUAGAGAUCAGGUCGAAGCUGCAACUGCUUUGGAAAUCUGUGCAGGCGGCCGACUUUACAAUGUAGUGGUCGAUUCAUCGGAAACAGGAAAGCAGCUGCUACAGGGUGGCAAGCUGCGAAAGCGUGUGACUAUCAUUCCUCUUAACAAGAUCUCGAACUUCAGGGCCUCAGCUGAAAAGAUUGGAGCCGCCCAAAACCUUGCUCCUGGAAAGGUGGAUCUGGCUUUGAGUUUGAUCGGACACGAAGAUGAGGUGCUUGCGGCGAUGAACUACGUGUUUGGUAACACACUUAUUUGCAAGGAUGCUGCCACGGCUAAGAAUGUCACAUUUGACCCUUCAGUUCGGAUGAAGAGCGUGACCUAUGAAGGCGAUGUCUACGAUCCCUCCGGAACACUAUCUGGUGGUAGCUCCCCUAACUCCAGUGGUGUACUUGUAACCCUACAGAAGCUCCACGAUAUUACCAAGGAACUGAAAACCAAGGAGCGACAACUUGCCACUUUGGAGGACAAUAUGAAGAAAGAGAAGAAGAAGCUCGAUGCGGUCCGGUCGAUUAAACAAGAUCUUGACCUCAAAACCCAUGAAAUCAAACUUACUGAGGAGCAAAUCAACAACAACUCCUCUUCAUCAAUCAUUGCUGCCGUCGAAGAGAUGAAAGUCAACAUCGAGCAAUUGAAGAAAGAUAUUGUCGACGCCAAAAGUCGCCACGCAGAAGCAUCCAAGGAUAUCAAGCGCAUCGAGAAAGAUAUGAGUGAAUUCAGCAAUAAUAAAGAUAGCAAGCUGGAAGAGCUACAAACUUCACUCAACAGCUUGAAGAAGACCCUUACAAAAAACUCUGCUUCAGUCAAGGAGCUUCAGAAGGAGCUGCAGUCGUCCCGUCUUGAUUCUGAGCAAGUCGGAAGUGACCUUUCAGCAGCUGAAGAGCAGCUUACCGAGUCGGGUAGUACGCUGAAGGCACAGGUGAAGGAGAUUGAGUCUAUGAAGCGGGAGCAGGCACGAGUCAAGGAUGCACACGAUAUUGCGCAGGCCCAGCUUGAUGAUGAGAGGGCCAAGCUGACCGGCUUCGACGAAGAAACGCGCGAACUAGAGCGAGCUAUAAAAUCCAAAUCUUCACAAAUCACUGAAGAAAGUCUUGAGAUGCAAAAACUGGGCCAUCAACUUGAGAAGUUACAGAAGGACCAAGAAACUGCCCAACACUCUUUCUCUCAUAUGGAGAAAGAGCAUGAGUGGAUCGCGGAUGAGAAAGAACAGUUUGGUCGUCCGAAUACCCCAUACUACUUCCAGGGUCAGAAUAUUGCCGAAUGCAAAUCAACACUACGCAACUUGACGGAACGGUCGCAAGGGAUGAAGAAAAAGAUCAACCCGAAGGUCAUGAACAUGAUUGAUAGCGUGGAAAAGAAGGAGUCUGCGCUCAAGAACAUGAUGCGAACUGUCAUCCGUGAUAAAAGCAAGAUCGAGGAGACCAUUCUCAACCUCAACGAGUACAAGAAGGAGGCGCUGCACAAGACUUGGACUAAGGUCAAUACUGAUUUUGGUAAUAUCUUUGCUGAGCUCCUGCCAGGCAGCUUUGCGAAGCUUGAUCCGCCGGAGGGCAAGGAGAUCACAGACGGUCUCGAGGUCAAGGUGUCUCUGGGCAAGGUUUGGAAGCAGAGCCUGACAGAACUGAGUGGUGGACAAAGAUCUCUUAUUGCACUCUCUUUGAUCAUGGCACUCUUGCAAUUCAAGCCCGCGCCCAUGUACAUUCUCGAUGAGGUUGACGCCGCGCUGGAUCUUUCACACACCCAAAACAUUGGACGAUUGAUCAAGACCCGCUUCAAGGGAUCUCAGUUCAUCGUGGUCUCACUCAAGGACGGCAUGUUCCAGAACGCCAACCGCAUCUUCCGUACGCGGUUCAGCGAGGGUACUAGUAUUGUCCAGGCGCUAACCCCGGCUGACAUGAGAUAA